AUGGUGUUGACAAUAAGGGCUAUUUUAUGGGUAACAUUGAUAACUAUUAUAAGUCUGGAGUUUAUCAUAGGAAUUUUAGGAAAUGUAUUCAUAGCUCUCGUGAACAUCAUAGACUGGGUUAAAAGAGGAAAGAUCUCUGCAGUGGAUAAGACCUAUAUGGCCCUGGCCAUCUCCAGGACUGCUUUUUUAUUGUCACUAAUCACAGGGUUCUUGGUAUCAUUAUUGGACCCAGCUUUAUUGGGAAUGAGAACGAUGGUAAGGCUCCUUACUAUUUCCUGGAUGGUGACCAAUCAUUUCAGUGUCUGGUUUGCAACAUGCCUCAGUAUCUUUUAUUUUCUCAAGAUAGCUAAUUUCUCAAAUUCUAUUUUCCUUGUUCUCAAAUGGGAAGCUAAAAAAGUGGUAUCAGUGACAUUGGUGGUAUCUGUGAUAAUCUUGAUCAUGAACAUUAUAGUCAUAAACAAAUUCACUGACAGACUUCAAGUAAACACACUCCAGAACUGUAGUACAAGUAACACUUUAAAAGAUUAUGGGCUCUUUUUAUUCAUUAGCACUGGGUUUACACUCACCCCAUUCGCUGUGUCUUUGACAAUGUUUCUUCUGCUCAUCUUCUCCCUGUGGAGACAUCUGAAGAAUAUGUGUCACAGUGCCACAGGCUCCAGAGAUGUCAGCACAGUGGCCCACAUAAAAGGCUUGCAAACUGUGGUAACCUUCCUGUUACUAUAUACUGCUUUUGUUAUGUCACUUCUUUCAGAGUCUUUGAAUAUUAACAUUCAACAUACAAAUCUUCUUUCUCAUUUUUUACGGAGUAUAGGAGUAGCUUUUCCCACAGGCCACUCCUGUGUACUGAUUCUUGGAAACAGUAAGCUGAGGCAAGCCUCUCUUUCUGUGAUAUUGUGGCUGAGGUAUAAGUACAAACAUAUAGAGAAUUGGGGCCCCUAA